AUGGCUAGUGAAAAUGAAGAAGCAGGGGAAUUGUCGUUGAACUUGCUUCCAGAAGGAUGCAUAGCGAAUGUGCUGUCCUUUACGAGUCCUCUGGCGGCAUGCAGGCUGUCUAUUGUCUCUCAAUUGUUCAGGUCGGCCGCAGAAACUGAUGCCCUUUGGGAGAGAUUCCUGCCCCGUGAUCAUCAAUCUAUCCUCUCCGAAUCUGAUAGUCCUCUGCUGGUUUCUUCCAAGAAACAACUCUAUCUCAGCCUCUGUGGCAAUCCUGUCCUCAUUGAGGAUGGUAAAAAGCUAUCACCAGCAACAUUGUACCCAGCACACCUUGUCUUCAAGCUCUCCGUAGAAGCGCUUGGUAACCAGCCAAUUCAGGUAACAAUGGGGCUCAGUGGUGGUGAAAAGCAUACACGAACUUUUCGUUGGCAUGCAGAAAGACAGUCGCGGUGGCGAUACCGAAGUCCAAGAAGGCCUAUAAUUGGUUCAUCUGCUGCCGAAAGUAAUGGGAAUUAUCCAAAGGAAAGAGGAGAUGGAUGGUCGGAGAUUGAAAUGGGUGAAAUUCUUACCAAGGAAGGGGAAGAAGAAGAGCUGGAAACGUGGGUUGAUUGUCGAUGGGAUUGA